AUGAAUUAAUUAGUAUAAGUGAUUCUAUUUUUGAAUUGUACUAAAGUUGUGAGAGAAGAGGAUUCUCCUCUUUUCAAUAAGAUAGUUGUAAGGAAUUAAAAUUAAUUGUAGUACAACAUCCGUAAUAAUUAAUAUUAGUAAAUGUCUGAAUUAAGGAGUGAUUUAGAUAAGUAUUUGAGUUAAUGUGAGAAUGUUGAGAUUAAGGAGAGAUUAAAUUAUGAAUUACAAAGAUUAGGAUUAAUAUGA